AUGUCCAGAGCUCCCAGGAUCCCAGAUGACCAAUGGGAAGCUCAUAAGGACAUAAUCAAAUCCUUGUAUCUCGAACAGAACAAAACUAUCAAAGAGAUCGAAAGGCUCAUAAGUGAAAACCAUCAGUUCCACGCUACAGAGAAACAAUAUAUUCGCAAGGUCACAGUCAACUGGAAGCUCCGUAAGAACAUCAAAAAGGAAGAAUGGGAGCAAGCGAGUGCAUUGUCCCUGAAGCGCAAAGCUGAAGGAAAACUCACUGAACUCACGAUACUUGGAGAUACGCCCCAAAUAACCUACCGCUUCGUUCCUGACUGCGAUUAG